AUGGCUUCUCAAAAGCUAGGGAGGAAUAUCAUCUACCAGUUAUCAAGACGCACAAGGACAAGACCCAUUCCCUCCUCUCCGUCGUUAUCCUUUUCGACGACACGAGCACCUCAAGCUCGCGGCACAGAAUACCUCCAACUACACGACCCAGACUUGACAGACUCACAACGUAGUGUCCGGGAAGCAAUUAGCAAAGUCUGCUCGAAAUUCGACGAUGCAUACUGGCUCAACGUGGAAAAAGAACACCGUUUCCCAGUGGAGUUCCACCAGGCCGUGGCCAAAGAUGGUUGGCUGGGGAUAUGUAUGCCGGCAGCAUAUGGGGGCAGUGAGCUUGGAAUUGCCGAAGCAGCAAUUAUGGUGCAAACGAUCGCCGAGAGCGGAGCUGCCUACGCUGGCGCGAGUGCCGUGCACAUGAACAUCUUUGGAUUAGAGCCAGUGAGGAAAUUUGGGACUCGACAGCAGAAAGACAGGAUGUUGGUGCCAUUGAUUGCAGGGAGGGAGAGGGCUUGCUUUGGUGUCACCGAACCAAAUACAGGGUUGGAUACUUUGAGAUUACAAUCCAAAGCCGUCAGGGACGGUGACCAUUAUAUUCUGAGUGGCCAGAAGAUUUGGAUUUCAACGGCUCAGGUUGCGGAGAAGGUCCUUAUUCUCGUGCGCACGACACCGUUGGAAGAGGUUAAGAAACCUAGUCAAGGGCUGAGCUUAUUCUAUACCGAUUUAGAUCGCAAGCAGGUCGAGAUCACAGAGAUUCCAAAGAUGGGGCGAGCGGCGGUUGAUUCGAAUACAUUGUUCUUCGAUGGAUGGAGAGUGCCGAAAGAAGAUCUAAUCGGGGAAGAGGACAACGGGUUCAAGAUGAUCAUGCAUGGCAUGAACGCCGAGAGAAUAUUGAUUGCCGCCGAAGCACUUGGGACCGGAUUUGCAGCUUUGAGGCGUGCAGCACUGUAUGCAGGAGAAAGGAAAGUGUUUGGGCGGCCAAUUGGUCAGAAUCAGGCCAUCCAGCAUCCUUUGGCUGACAGUUGGAUGCAACUGGAAGCUGCCAGACUCGUGAUCUAUCAAGCCGCGAGAAUGUAUGAUGCUGGAUAUGAGACAGGUGAGUAUGCCAAUGCAGCCAAAUACUUGGCCGCGGAGGCUGCUUUUCGAGCAUGCGAAAGAGCUGUCAUGACGCAUGGUGGGAUGGGAUAUGCGAAGGAAUAUCAUGUUGAAAGGUACCUGCGUGAGGUCAUGAUUCCCAGGAUUGCACCUGUCAGUCGGGAAAUGAUUCGGAAUUAUAUUGGGGAAAGAGUUCUUGGACUACCCAGGUCGUAUUGA